AUGCACGGCCUCAGUAUCCUGCUGUUGGGACUUGGUGGUUUCGUGGUCACGUCCUUUUCCAGUCAUGCAGACCAGGAGUAUUCCUGGCUUCAAUUGCGCAACUUCGUUAAGCGACCUGCUUUCCUGUGCUGCGCCAUGACCAUGAUUGCGGUGACAACAUUUCUAGUUGGCCGCGCGCUUUGGAAUCGCUUCUUGGACUUGCUGAGCUUCACGUACCUUUUUGCGGUAACGGGCGCAGUUGACCUUCUUGAUGUGACAAAGUUCACAUUGCAGCUGCUUCGUCUCUUGGUUGUGGUCAAGACAGAGCAGGAGGAGCCGGCAAAGAAAGUCGUGUCCACGUGCAUCGUGAUGACUCUAGCUCUUCAUUUUGGCGUUUUCUGCUUUCAGGUGGCUGCUGCCUACUACCGCAAGGCUUUGCAGAGUUUGCCGCUCUUCUUGGGAAGCGGCGCCUUGAUGCAGGUUGUCGUCUGCGGCACUUUCUUUGAUGAGUUCAGCAGCCUCGAGAAGCACCAAAAGGUUUUUUUCAGCGUCGGCCUUGCUCUUGUCAUGCUGGGCAUGGUUGUGACAAGCAUGGCGGGUGAGGAGCCGCAGGCCAGGCAGCCGGCAGCAAAGGCGAUCGAUUUGAAAGCCUGCUGGAGCGCGGCCACGGGUCCAUCUCUUCGGCCGAUCUUCUUUUGCUUGGCGACAUUCAGAAGAGCGCUUUGUGCUGGGUUCGCUAUGAAGGCUUGGCGUUUGCAGCUGGGAGCCCCAGAGAAAGGAAAACCCGGCGCUCCCGAUUAUUUGCUUCGGGCUUGGGAUGAGGACGCAGUUAGCGCCUUAGCAUGCUUCUCAGACAAUGGUCCCACAGAUGAGGUGUUGAUCAGAUCUAUUGCAACGAAUGUGUGCGAGAUCAGUCUUGAGAAUGCUGGUUUUGCCACAUCCCGCCAAUGUUGCUGGUGCCACACCGCUGUGGACUUCACCCUCCGCACCCACGACGCCUCCCUCCGCGCCGAUGCAGCGGCACGCCUCGGAAAUCAUUGCGCCCCUCAAUGCGAAUGCCGCGGACGGAGGCCUCCACCGUGCAGCUAG